GCGAAACACAAUAGUUGAGCUAAGUUGAGUACGAAAGAAGCACUCAAAAAACAACCAUUUCAUUUCAUUUUUCCCAAAAAAAUAAAAAACAAAACACCUUCCCCCUCUCGAUGGAGGAAAAACGUCCUCCGUCCGCCGUCGAUUCACCGGCAUCAGAACCCGCAACAUCUCGCCGCCGUGCCGGUUCCAACAAGAGAAAGUCCGGCUCUCUCAACGCCUCCAAUUCCUCUUCCACCCCUUCCAAACGCAUUACUCGCGAGAAGCCCUCAUCUCUUCACCCUCCUCCCCUCCAUAACGGCCCCUUAACUAGGGCUCGACAAAUCCCUAACAACUUCUCCGCCGUUUCGACUUCUUCACCCGUCGGAGCUUCCGCUUCUGCCCCCGCCGCAGUGAAACAUGCUCCACAGACACAGGCUUUGGCUCUGGCGGCGGAGCAACUCAAGAAGGAAAGCGAGUUGGUGUCUCUCGAAGCUUCGAUUGAAGCUGAAUUUCAAGCUAUUAGAUCUCGUGAUACCAACGCUCACGCUGUUCCUACUCAUUGUGGUUGGUUUUCAUGGUUGAAUAUCCAUCCAAUUGAGGAACGUAUGUUGCCUUCUUUCUUUAAUGGCAAGACUGAAAAUCGGACUCCUGAUAAAUACAUGGAAAUACGGAAUUCGAUAAUGAAGAAGUUUCAUUCAAAUCCAAAUGUACAAAUCGAAUUGAAAGAUUUAUCAGAGCUUGAUGUUGGGGACUUGGAUGCUAGGCAAGAGAUAAUGGAGUUUCUAGACUAUUGGGGUUUAAUUAACUUCCACCCUUUCCCUCCAACGGAUUCUGCAAUGGCAAGCACCAGCGAUGAUGGGGAAGCAGUAAAGAAUUCCUUGCUUGAAAAAUUCUAUCACUUUGAAACUCUCCAAUUACGGCCGCCUGCUGUUCAGAAGACUGGCCUAAUGGCACCUGCUAUGACCUCUGGCUUGUUUCCAGAGUCAACGAUUGCUGAAGAGUUGGUGAAACAAGAGGGCCCAGCAAUUGAGAUGCUUGAGUACCAUUGCAACUCUUGUUCUGGUGAUUGUUCGCGCAAACGUUACCACUGCCAGAAGCAGGCAGAUUUUGAUCUAUGUACGGACUGUUUUAACAAUAGAAGAUUUGGCUCCGGCAUGUCUUCGUUGGAUUUUAUACUCAUGGAACCUGCUGAAGCUGCAGGAGUUAGUGGUGGAAAGUGGACUGAUCAGGAGACACUUCUGCUCCUUGAAGCAUUAGAACUUUAUAAAGAAAAUUGGAAUGAAAUUGCAGAACACGUUGGAACAAAAUCAAAAGCUCAGUGCAUAUUGCACUUUGUUCAAAUGCCAAUCGAGGAUGCCUUUGUUGACUGUGGUGAUGAUGAUGUUGAUGCUAGUUGCAAAGAAACUGUAGAUCCAGGUGCAACAAAUAAUGAUUUGUCCAUUGGUAAAGAUAAAGAUGCUUCAGAAAUUAUUGAGAAUGGUGCUAAAGAUAGCAUCAAAGACCAUGAUGAAACUUCUCAGGCUGAAGAUGUUAAAGUGAAAGAUAAUCAAGAGGAGACUCCAAAGUUACAACAAGAUGGUAGUGAUGAGAAAACUAUUGAGGGAACUUCUAAAUUAGAAGACGAUGUUAAAGUAAAAUUUGGUGAGGAAGUAGGCAAUGAUUGUGCUUUAAAUGCUCUUAAGGAAGCAUUUACAGCGGUUGGUUAUUCUCCGGAACUUGAAGGCCCAUUUUCAUUUGCUGAAGUGGGUAAUCCUGUCAUGACAUUGGCAGCUUUCCUUGGACAGUUGGUGGGUUCGGAUAUGGCUGUUGCUUCUGCUCAUAACUACAUAAAGUCCUUGUCUGGAAAUGCUCCUGGAACUGAGAUUGCUUCAAGAUGUUGCUUUCUUCUAGAAGAUCCACCAGAUGAUAAGGAAACAACUGCUUCUGAGAGGGAUUUUAAAAGUGAGGGAGAUCAGACUGACAAAAAUGUACGACAGGAUUCAGAUGAUAAAGAUUUAGAAAAUGAUCACAAGAUAACAAUUGCAAGUGAUGCUUCAGAAGACAAGAUACUUCUAGCUUCUACAGAUGGUGGAGUCUCAGAAAAAUCAAUUUCUUCAAGGGGGCAAGCAAUGAUUAAUUCUGAGUCUGGGCUUGACGAUUGUAAUGAUCCCAGCAUCUCAAAGGUACCCAAUGAUCAAGCUCUGGGUAUUCUUCCCAAUUCAGGUGAUUCAACAUCCAAGGCUGAAAUUCCCCCUAAUUCUGAGGAGGUUCGGGAGGGAACUUCGAAUGAAGAACCUUGCCGUCCUAUAGAGGAACAAAAAGAACUAAGUGUGUCUGAUUCUCAUCCAUCAGAAAAAAAUGAGCUUCAACAGUCAAUUAAAUCCAAUUUACCAGGUGAGCAUUCAAAGCCAGUGGAGACACCAAAAUACGAUGAAAUGGUGUCUGAUUCUAUGCCCUCAGAUAAGAGCAAGCCUCAAAAACAGAUAUCUACAAAUGCAGUCUCUGAGUGUGAUAAAACUACAGACUCUGCAAUGGAUGUUGAUGUAGUUUCUAAUUCAUUGCCAUCAAAUAUCGACUCCCAGCCACUGAUAUCUUCCCAAGAUAAUGGUAUACAAAAGGAUGGAGAUAUGAUGUCACCUUCACAUCCAAUUAGAUCGAAUUCUGGUGCUGAAAAUGGUGCAAUUGCAGGGGGAGGUGAAGAUCAUGCAGGAAAUGGUACAGAAAUGAAAAAUGAUGGUACUAAGACUAAACAGGAUAACAGCUUUGAGAAAGUGAAACGUGCAGCUGUUUCUACACUAGCUGCAGCAGCAGUGAAAGCAAAAUUUCUAGCAAAUCAAGAAGAAGACCAAAUCCGACAACUUACUUCAUUGUUGAUAGAGAAACAGUUGCAUAAGUUGGAAACAAAGUUGGCUUUUUUCAAUGAUAUUGAAAAUGUUGCGAUGAGAGUAAAAGAGCUUUUAGAGCGGUCACGGCAUAAGCUUUACCAUGAACGUGCUAUGAUAAUUGCAUCCCGCCUUGGUUUACCGGCUUCCUCAUCCAGAGGUGUACCAUCAUCCAUACCAACCAAUAGAGUUCCUAUGAAUUUUGCAAACUCACUCCCAAGACCACAAAUCAUGAUGAAUCCCCAAGGACCACUGAUUUCUAGACCUGUGGGCACCACAGCUACCACACUUCCAAACCCAUUAAUGUCUGCAACUGCAGCAGGAAGUUCAGUUCUGCCAUCCAACCAGGAAAAUCUUUCUUCUGUUGGGACAAAAUAGUAUCAAGUAGAUAUGGAAAAAGUUCAUUCCUUAUUAUUAAUGGAUCACCUGCCAUCGUUUUGACAAUACAAUUCUUUCUAAGGUGCUGGUUAGGCUAACUCCAAUUUACAAGAAAUGGGAAUCGUGACCAGUUGGUGCACUGGAACUAAUCUUUUCACCGUUGUAAGGAGCAGCUGGAGAUGAGAGGACGGAUAGACUUCUGAUAUAUUUAAAGUUGUAGAGCGAUUGGUUGUUUUUAAAUUUUUGAGGUGUUUAAAACCAGUAAAAAGUUGUGCAAAAUUGUGCUCUCAGCAGUCCUGAAACUCUGCUACUUACUACUUACAUUCUUGGAUAGGAAGCAUAUUGAAACGUGGAUAGCUUUCUGGCAAUCCUCAAGAUUUGGCUUCACUUAAGAUGGUUGCUCCCUCAACUCCAUUUUUUGUUGUUUGAUGCUCAUCAACAAGUCCCCAUCCAUGCUGUACGAAUAUUACUUUUUUGCUCUUUUAAAAAAGAUCAGUUUGUUAAUA